CGGCCGCGGCACGAUCGUGUCGCGCGUAAACCUUUGCCUCGGAAAUAAACACGAAAAAAAAUAAUUGUCUAUGCCUGCUCAUAAAACAAAAACAUUCGAAAUUCGAACCGAAACAUUUUAUUAACAAAAGGCGGGAAAGUGCGCGCGUUAUAAAAAUGACUUGAUUGUAAAUAUCCUAUUAAAUUGACAUUAUUUAGUGAUUAGUGAAAUAUAGUGUUAGUGUGUAAAUUAAUGUGUAAAUAUUGUUUGUUGGCACAUCUGUCCACGCUCUAAUCCAAUACCGAACUGCAGCCAAAACUAAACAGUAAACGUGAGACGAAACGUUGCCGAAUAUAAACCGACUAAGUCUAAACCAAUUAGUGAUUUAAUGAGUGGAAGCGAGACAGCUGUGGCACGCGUCCAAGAUGAAUUUGAUGUUUCGGAAGAACUUCAGCACCGAGAAGACGGUUUCUUCGAGCAGUGGAGGGGGGAAGGCCAAGGGGGCGCUCGGCGCGGGCCGGAACGCCAAGCGACGGGACCGCGAGCGCUACUCGUGCAUGGAGGAACACCACUACAGAACGCAUCUGUUCUUCUCAGCGCCACGGGCCAGUACGCAGUAUAACGAUGGCUCAGAACGAUGCGGUCCAGUCAUCGGCGGCGGGACGGGCCCGGAGCCCGAGCCCCCGCAGCCGCUGGUCACGCGCGAGCCGUCCGUGUCGCUCAUGCGCUGGGACAAGCCGCCGACCAGCGACCGCCGCCGCACCGAGCCCGUGUCGCUGGCCACGCUCGAGCGGGACUGCUUCGUGAUACCGGCGCACGCGCUGGACCGCUUCCUGCCUGAUGGCGUCCCACUGCCUGUACCCCCGCCUACGCCAGAAAAGGGGAUGACAACAAAAACUGCCCAGAACUCCCUUAGCGUCCUUGAAGUUGCUGAUCCUAAACUGUGUAUACUAGCGCAUCUGAUGAGCCCUUUAGAACCAAUAGAACCUAUCCUAGAAUCUCCACUUGCCAAACCAAUAAUUAAACAGAGAACUGCCGCUGCAGAAUUGCUAAACGACGUAGCACACGCUAAUACUGCUGUAGGCGGAAUGUUGUUAGCGAACAUGGAAAAGAACGCAGAGUUCCCAUUCAUAUCAUACUAUGUGAUAAACACGACGCAAACGGACCCAUUGCUGUUUUACAAUAACAUGAGAAGUGCCUCGCUAGCAAAAUUCGAUCCAAAAACAAUAAGGUAUUCAGCUGCUCACACUUUGGAUUUAUAUAGUGAAGUCGCUAUGAUAUGUCGACCGCCUUUCAACGAUCUAGCUGGUGGACCAAAAAAGUCUCACACGCCCACGACGGGCUUCAUCAUUAGUGUUUAUAAGGUUUUUGAAGGCGACGACGGUGAACGUUUCGAAAAAAACUGGCUCUACUGGACCGGCGCCAGGAUGCUGUACCGCCAUCUCCCGCACUCCGUGGGCAUGCGGAAGAUUGCUCUACACAAAUCAGUGGCGUCUCACGGCGACAAAAUGUAUCUGUUGGUCUGCGAGUGUGCCAACUUGUUGGACGACUUGUCGGGUGCCGCGAUGUUGAUCACGGCACUGCGAGCGAGACUGUGUGGUUACACAGGUCUUUAUAGACCUAUUCAGACUUUCUAGUAGCGGGCCGUGCCCGCGACGGGUUAAGAAGAACUUAGCAUAAAAAGGCUUUAGCUAAUACACUUUUUUCAAAACGUACCUAAUCAGAAUAUAGGUAGUGUAAGAAAGUCAACAAGUUUUAAGAUUUAUCAUCGGAUCCAACCGUAAUAGUUGUCUGGUAUUUGACAAACGUACUGACUUAAUCAAACUAUCAGGUUAACAGAAUAAACCACGUCUUCAAGGUGAAUCUCCAAGGUUCUGCGCAAACUGUGUAGAACCAACAAAAAAUACUUAAACUCCUUUCGUUAAUACUGUAAAUUGUUAUCACACGAUAUUCACAUUGCAACUCGAAAAUUACGACUCAGCAAAGGACAUUUAAAUUAGAAACUCUAGCUAGCUAGGCCAGCGUUCCUCUUGCCUGGCUACAUGUAAAAAGUUUACAUAAUGAUUCGUAUAUUGAUAAAAGUGAAUAGUUAAAAUCUUUUUAUGCUAAAACGUCUGAAUGUGUAUUUUUGUAGAUUUAAGGAAGCACCAGUUUAAAAUUUAGGAUUGACGAGCUUCGGAUACGGAAGUGAUUUGUUCAAUAUUAUAGAUUCGCUGAAUAGUUAGUUAGGCGUUAGAUAUAUUUCUAUUACGAAUAAUACUUACAUCGAAUAAGAAUCAUAAUGUACAAUGUUUGCUGUUGAUUGUUUUGCGACGUUUUUAUACUAAUACAUUCUUAAAGUCCUGCGCAGUCAAGGCACAAAAGAUUGUGAAGCGUACACCAUGUCUGCGCAAAUUGAGUUUACAGUUUGGGUCAAUUUUGGAUUUCUAUUUUACUAAAUUGUCUCAAAUCUGGUCUGGUUCAGCCGUGGCUAGUUACCCUACCGGCAACGCCGAACCGCUAAGCGAUUAAGCGUAAUAAGUCACGGAUAAAGCGGUAAGGGGUAGUUGAAUACACUUGUACCUCUUCCAAGUUAACCCGCUACCCCUUAUAAAUCGUAAACUGCAUCGUCAAAGUAUUACAUUUGCUCGCUUUUUUUUCAAGUUCAAUAUUUAAGAUUAUUGGAUAAAAACUGUUUUUUAAAACAAAAUACGACAUUGUUGUAAAAAGUCGUACCGCGAUAAGCAAUGUGCCAUUAAGUUAUUCUUUCUUGACAGUAUUGAAAGCGAUUUUACAAUAAACUGUUUGUGUAAUUGCUAAGGUGUUUUGGGGUAAUUAUAGAAACAAAUAUUGACUAGACCAUCCAAUAUUUAUUCCGCAGCAAAAUUAUCCAAGGCGUCAUUUUAAUGGACUCACGAGUUUAGUUAUAAAUAUUGCCUAGUAGACUAUUCGUAAUUUUCGGGGUAUUAACAUUUUCAUGAUUACCCCAAAGUAUUUUAUUCAUUUAUAUAUUUAGUAACAUAUCUCCGAAGACAUAUCAUAAGCACGCGCUUUAUUUUAAAUGCCUCGAUUUUUUUUUAUUAAAGUAUGUACCUACUUGUACAGAAUGAGCGACCUAUAUUUGCAACAAAAUUAUUUACAAGGCCAUAAAUUAAGUUGGAUGUACAAAAAUAUUGUUUUGAUCUAUAUUAAAUAUUAAACACCUUAAUAAAGCAAUUGGUAAACACGAACAUUACCGUAACCUCCGGUUUUAUUUUGAAACGACUAAAAAAAUUUUUUGUUGUUUUAGCUUUUUGUUUACGAACUCGAGUUCUGCGUUUAUAUUCUUAAGUUUAAUUUUGGUACUCUUUUCAUAUUAUACUUAUUUAAAUAUUUUAAAUAUAGUGGUGCUGCAAUGCAACUGUAUCAUUACAGACCUCUUUUUUUUUUUUAAAGCGUCUUUAUUAUAGGUUUAAGGUACAGUUGAAUUAGCACUACUUUAUUAUUUUAAUAUUAUAAUGUAAAUAUCUCUAUUUUUUAAUAACUAAGUCAGAAUGUUUAAGUAAGACCAAAGUCAGGUACUAAGUAUUAAUAAAAAAUGUGAUUCAAAAAAUAGUUUAUAAAAAAUAAAAGAUUGUAUUUAUUAAAAUAAAUUUCUACGCACAUAUAAAUUGGCUUGAAACGCUUAAAAAUACGGCGACUUUUCAUAUGAUAAAUAAUAAGAAUAAUAAUAUAUUAAUAUUAAUAGGAGAAAGAAAAAAAUUUUAUUUACUAACAUUUAAGAUGAAAUCGUAGGUUGUAUUACAGUCGAAAUUAGAAUUUAAAAAAAAAUUUAGUUUGAAAUUAUAUUUGUUCAGGUAUAAUAGUUUAAUGUAUUUUUUUGAGAAAGAUUAACCUUGCAAGUACCAUAAUCGCCAAUUACUUCUUAUAUAUAUGGUUAAGCUUCAUAUAUAUAUAUGUAUAUAUACAGGGUGAUUCGGACUUUAGUACCGAUAUUUUUUUUCGUGGUUCAGUAUCAUUAAUAGAACAUAAAUCUACAAACAGUUCGAUACAUUUUAUGUAUUUUUUUUUUUAUCAAUUUAUGUCUCAGAAAUAACAAAAUAAUGGACACAUUACCAAACAAACUGCGCAAAUGCUGGCGGCACUUUGUAAGACGCCGACAAAGAAAUACCGGCCGUAGGCAUAUCGCUUCGGCUUCGACUGACGGGGGUGGCAGAGGUGAGGGGAUCGAAAAAUCCCUGAGGACGCCUACCGAAUUGCCGAUGGGCGACCAGUGACAGACAAUCUGCCGUCGUUUGCUCAUUUACUAUGUCGGGAUUUUCAAAUCGCGACUAUUACGAAAUGGGUCGAGUGUAUUUGCUCAGCAAUGAACGCCUUCGUGCAGCUUGCACAAUGUACGAGUGAGUGUUCCUAGGCCACAAGCCCAAGGAAUCCUGAACCCCGCAGUGCCUAAUGUGAGAAACAAGUGUUUUAAAUAAACUAAAUGAAAAUUUUAUUAAAACGUGCUCGGUUGUGCCUUGAAAGGAAUGGACUUGAUUUCGAACAAUUGUUAAGUGAUUAAAAUUUUCAAAUUAACAAAAACAAACUUAGUAAGUAGAUAUCAUUGAUUAAUGUAAAUAUGCUGAUUACAAUUUUUUAAAUACGCCUUUAAUGCAAAAGUUUGCGUAAUAAUAAUCAUCAUUUGUAUUUCAUUAUUUCAAUCGAAAGUUCAUAGUUUUUAUUAUUAUUAUUACGCAUGCACUUCAGGCAUUAUUGAUGGUCCUAAACCCAAUAAAGUAUGAAAGGAAUAUCGGUACUCAGCUCAAAAGUGACGACCUUUAAUUAUUAUAAAAAUAAUAGGUAUCAAACAAAAAUAAAAUAAACGCACAAAGGUCAACGGCCCUCGGCGCGGGCGCUCGCUAACCUACCUACCAGCUGAUUUUGUAGUUGCCUAUUACCUAGUACAGCGAUAGGGUGACCCUCAAAUUCUGUUUAAACGUAAAUAACUUUAGCUAACGAUAACUUUGUUAUUUUUGAGUUAAAAAAAAAAGAAAAAAUACGUGUUCAUUAAAUUUUGUUUAUGUACAAAAUAUAAAAAUAUCCGUACUAAAAAAAAAAUUCUUCCUGUAUAUAUAUAUAUAUGAAGCUUAACCAUUCCCCACAGAAUAUAUCUACUAUGAUUGAACAAUACAUAUAGAUGUGUAACCUUCUGGAUAAAGUAAAUAAUAAAUGUUAAACGCUUAUGUAGUUUCAGCUAAACUAAUUUUAAUAUUUAAUGUAGUUUUCUUUUUUAAAGAUUUAUAUUUCUAUCUAUCUAAAGCACUUGAAGUUCAAAUUAUGCAACGCCAUAUUUUAUUUUGCUAUGGUGCUACAACUAGUCAAUUUUACGUGUAGCUAGAAUUUAAAUCUAAGAUUAAUAUUGCAGAGAGAACUUUUUAAAUGAUUCCUAAAAUUUAAGCAAAUCUCAAAUUUUAUUUGACCCUAAAAUCCAAAUAAUACAAGGAACCAGGAUAUUUUGUGUCUAUAUUUUCCUAAGCUGACGGUAUUUUUUUAUUCCUUGGACUAAAUGUUCUUAUCUAAUUAAUAUUUGAGGAGUGCUUGGGUGUUCGAUAGUAAAAGGCGUUACAGUAUUUGGCUGUUGAUCAACAAAGGCAAUUUUAGUAUGUAUUAUUAAAUUUUAGAUUUUAAACUUUAAUUCAUUCUUUAAUAAAACCGUAAGCUAUUUAGGAUUGACUGUAGAUAAGAUUUUAAUAUUUAAUUUAAGAUCUAGCGUCUAUGAGACGUACAGUCUCCUUUUGCCAACGAAUCUUUUCACUUGUCUUUAUAAAACCACAGUCAUUUUGAAUUAUAAUAUGUAUUAUAUACAGGAUAGACAAAACGACUUAAGUACUUUCACUUCAUACUUGCAUUUAUUGCAAAUUUAAUCGAUCAAAAAAAAUAAAAUAACAUGUUGGUAUCAAAAUAAAAUAAUAUAAAAAUAUGAACAAUUUAUAAAGAUGACUAUAAAUAGCCAGAAGCUAAAUAGACGCACUCUUAUUACACGAUGUUGAUUACAUAAAAUGUAUAUGUACCCAGUUACCUACUUACAUAAAAAACAAAGCACUAUUAAAAUAUUAAAAACACCUCUGUCUUUGAGUAUCCAAGCAACCAAAGAUUAGACCUCUAAAAUUCGAGCUAAAAAAUUUAAAAUAGGAACUAAAAUUAUUUUUCCUACUUCCAGUGGUGCUAACUUGCGACCAGUGAAGAGAGAAUAUAAAUUACCUUUUUGAAAUAAUAAGUAACAUUGCGAAAAAUGCGGUUUUUGGGCACUUAAAUACUCUGCAACGGGAGGGCUGAAUAUUAUUUUUUUAUUUUUAAUGGUGAUUUGAAUUACUUAAAUAUAUUUCAGUAUAUACACAAAAAGUGGGUAAUACAGUUCUCGGGGUAAGGUGCUUUGGGGUAAUUACGAAAAUGGGGAUUUUCCAAAAUUAGAAAUUAUCUUUAACUGAAGCAAAAUUCAUUUUAAUUUCUGAAUUUUCUUAUGCCGAAGGUCAUGUUAUUGAUCUUUCUAACAUCAGACGUGUUAAUAAUUUACUAAUGGAAAAUAGAUCGUAAUUAUUGUGACUUUCCGGAUUUCCCCUUAUUCUUAAACACCAAGUAGUACCUACCUUACUAAUUAAGUCGCACCCAUUCGAUUUUUAUUGUUGAAGUGAAAAUACUUAUAAGCGUACCACUACAUAAAACUUUAAUUUAUUCAUAUAAAAUAAUUGAGGGUGCUCAAUAAAUAUUUGGCAAUAAUAAUUUCGUACCCUGCGUCACUAGCACCAAACCAGUGAUUAAUAGAGUCACAAAACAAAACAAACUAACAGAAAGUUAAUUAGUUUUUAUAACUUAUAAAGUAUCUCAUUGAGAGCAAAGAGUUCAGGAUUUUGAGGAUUUUCUUAAUUCUCUGCGUGUGUAAAGUUUGCCAGUCCAAGUUCUACUAUCAAAUUAGGUAGGUUAUAAAUAUAACAAAAUAUUAGCUGAAUUUACAGUACCCUUGUUAAAUUGUUAUUUUAUUUCAGAAACUGGGUCGAAUAACUUUAAUAUUGAUUAAGAGUUUGGUGCUAGGGCGAUCAUUCAGAGGGUAAAUUGUACCAACUUAUUAAGUGCAAACUAGAUUUAAAUUAAUAUUUUAGCUUCAAAAGCUAGUUUUCGUGACAGGCAGAGCUAUUACAUUGAAUAGAAUGUAAAGUGCCUCAGUCACAGCAAUUUUGGACUAUUUUUUGCAGGCCAACAAAUAUUUUUUCUUAAGAAAUUUAAUAUUAUAUGUAUACACCUAUAUAUAUAUAUAUAUAAUAUUAAAUCACUGAUAAUAAUAAUAAUUAAUCGUUGAAGUUUUAUUUGUUGGCCGGCAAUAUAAAAACUCACCCAAUUUGGGUAAUGUCCUUUUUAAACUAUUUUUAUAAUAAAACGUUAAACAAUU